ACCCGAAAUGACAUUUCACCACGCAGCAUGUAAACAGCAACACGGCAGCACGUUUUCGUUCAACUCCCUGGUGCAGUUUCGUACAAAUCUGUUUUAGCUCAAGAAAUAGUGCGGAUAAGCAGUUCGGAUUUCCUCCCACCAUGAGUGAGUUAAUUGAGUUUCGCCGUGAGCAGACAAUCCGGGAGUACGAGUGCAUGAAGCACCUGAAACUCUUCACCGACCAGGAAGUGCAGAGCAUCAAAGACAAACGAAACUAUCACGAUUACAAGAUCGAGCGCCGGACAAAGAAAUUGGCCGACUUCAUCAACUUCAUCGCGUACGAGUGCAAUCUGUACGAGCUGCUGCGGCAGCGCCGCCGACGGUUACACAUCGACGCCGAAUGGGUCAGUCUCGAGAAGAGCAUUCACAACCGUAUCCGUGUACUGUACAAACGUGCGAUGGUCCGGUUCGCGUCCGACUAUCGCGUCUGGACCCACUUCCUGCAGUACUGCAAGCGGCGUCGAUUUUUCACCGAAGGUUCACGUGUGCUGGGCCAGAUGCUCGGUUACCAUGGCGACAAACCGAAAGCAUGGCUGUGUGCGAUCGAAUGGGAGUACCGGCAGGCAAAAAAUAUGGCGCGCGUCAAACACUACACGCUGCGCGGUCUGCAACGCCAUCCCGAGUGUCGAGAAUUGUGCGUAAACUUUAUCAAAAUCCAAAUGGAAGAAGCUAUGCGUAUUGUGCGCAAAACCGAGGAAGACAAAAAGUAUGCCCUGACAGCGGACGGCACGGAAAAGACGAAAGCGCUCAAAACGGCCCACCUGGUGUACAAGAACUUUGAGCACAAAGAUGUGGCGUUCUUCGGGGAAUUGUUACAAGUGCUUAAGAAGUAUGGUCCCGUAUCGAACAAGCUGGCGAAGCAAGCGAUUACGGAAAUGCGAAGCCUGCUCGCGGAUAAGGAAGAAAUGUGGCACCUGCUAGCGAAUCUCGUCCUCGAGAGUAGCGAAUUCGUUGCGGAGGAAUCGGCUAAACCAGCCGAAGCGCUGGAAAAGUGUCUCGAGAUCUAUCAGGAAGCGCUCGACCGUUUGCCAACGAAGAAAAUGCACAGUCUUUGCAUCGAUACGCUGCUUGAGCUAAAUUCCACCGAAGAUCAGACGAUCGAUCAGAAGAGCAAACGAAAAGCGCUGGCUAAUGCUUUCAAGCGAGCGCUUGUUGCCGAUCUGCUCGAGCAGGAAAAGAUGCUCCAGUAUCUGAAGCUUCUGCUGCACAACAGCAGCCCCAAGGAGGAACAGGUCAUGAGCGUUAUCAACAAAGGGCUAGAGCAGUAUCCGGCCUGUAUCGAAAUAUGGCAGUCGUAUAUGCGCUACCUGAUGAUCCACAAGGACGUAGCAGUGGACGAGCUGGAUGCUGUUUUCCGUAAAGCCAUUACCAGUCUGCCGGAACGCGUCAGUCGAUUGCCGCUGUGGAAGAUGCUCUUCCAUUACUACGGCAAUCGGGCGGAUUUGUUCGGUAGUAUGGAGCAGCUGUUUCGGCGUGCCAUCGAUCAAGGGCCGGAAAUAUCGCACCACUUUCAGCCACUGUUUCUGGAUUACCUUAUGCUGAAGGGCAAGAACGACAUUACGAAGGUCCGAGCCGAGUACCAGCGAAUGGUGAAGAACUACACCACCACGCUGGACUUGCACCGGAAGAUGGCAAACCUGGAAGCGACACAAACACCGCCGGACGUUAACGAGUGGCGCCAAUGUCACGAGAAUGCUACACAGUUCUACGGCAAAACGGAACCAACCGUAUGGUUGCAGUAUGCCCAGUUCGAACGGGACCACGGUAAACCGCAGCACAUGCAAUCACUGUACGAACGGGCCAAAGCAGCGCUGGAUGAGGAAUCGUUUGCGACCUUCAUGACGGAGUACGAGCUGAUUCGCAAUCCGUACAUUGUUCGUUACUGAGUCAAUAAAAGCGUACCAACGCACCAUUAUUUCCUGAAAAAACAAAA